AUGUCGGAGUCGUUCCGCGCCUCACUUGACGUGAGCGACCAGCUGGACUGCGGGUUCCCGCAGGACGGCGCCGACCGUCUGCGGGCCCCAGGCAAGACGGCUGCCUCGGCCGCGCGACCGCCGCUGCCCGCCCGGGCGCGCGCUCCGAUGGCUAAGGGGUGUUGGCUGACCACGGUCAAUGCGACGUCGUGGGGGCCAUUGGGCGACUCCUUGCAGAUGGCCGGCGGCGCGUCGACGCUGGCGAUGGCGGCGCAGGAGCGCCACCGCCUGCGCCGCGACCUGGCGACGCAGCAGAAGGCAGUCAAGGACGCGGGCCGGCGUGGAGUCUGGAGUGCGGCGACCCCUUCACCUACCUCUGCCUCGGGCACGGUGGGAGGUGUCGCCGCCUUGGCCCCGACCUCCAUCCAAGUCGCGGAGGGCGUCGUGAUCCUGAAUGUCUACCUCCGCGAUGGCGAGGGCCUCUCGGGCAACGAGUUGGGCAUCCUGUGGCAGCUGGCACAGUACCUCGGGCAGCUGGAGGCGGAAGGGCACCUCUGGGCAGUCAUGAGUGACUGCAACGUGGAGCCGCAGGUCCUGGACUUCGGCUGGAUCACGAAGCUGAGAGCUGUGGCGCGGGCAACGAGUGCGCCCUCGUGCAGGCAAGGAGGCGGCUCUCGGAUCGACUACGUUACGCUGGCCAAGAGCAUGUCGGGGCUCUCCAACCAGUCGGCCCAGCUGGACCUCGGCGCCAUCACUUGGCCGCACUGGCCCGUGCACCUGGCCCUUUGUGAAGCUCCCGGCGGGGCCAGGGCGACCGUCGCAGCGGUCAGCGACGACGCAGGCUUGCAGAGAAUUUGGGACCUUCUCCUCAUGGGCAUCGAGACCCAGAUCUUGGCCAGCAGGGACCUCGUGGGCGAGGAGCACAGGCGCGCACCGUGCAGGGGCGCGGAGGGCGCCGCCGAGCUCGAAGCGCCUGGCCGCGGGGGCGCAGCCAUCGCCGCGGUGCACGACCUCCUGCAGAAGGUGGAGAACCAUGGCCACUGGGCCCGCCUGCCAGUCUGGGCCCGAGCGCCCUUCCAGAGAGGCGGCGGCGUGUUCCUGGGCGACGACUGGCAGAAGAGCCUUAAGAGGAUCGUGGCCGAAGGGAAGAAGCAGGAGAAGCUCGACGUGGAUGCCAUCGUCGAGCGUGAGCUGCGGCCCUGGGGGGACAUCUGGAACUACCGCGGCCUCAAGCAGACGCGCCAGCCCGCGGACGCAGGCGUCUGGGAUCACCUUGCCCCGCUUGAGCGACGCGCCGUGCGAGACGUGAUCCGCUCUUUCCUGUGGGGCACGGGGGUUGGACAGCCGGGCAUCCCGCCCAGGGCACCGGGGGGCAUCUCGGACGAGGCCGUCGGCGCGAUGAUUGCGGUCUUCCACGUGUGUGAGGACAUGUUGCAGUGGCCGAGCGGCCGCCCCAUCAAUGUCAUGGUCAGGCCCCCCAAGCUUGACGGCGGCAACCGCCUACUCGGGCCCAUGCCGACGCCCGUGCGGAUCUGGAGCCGCGCACGCCGCCCGAUCACCAAGGCUUGGGGGCAGGCGCCCCCCUCGGACCUCACAUGGGGCGCGGGGCCUGGGCGCUCCAGUUCCGACUCGGCGUGCGACCCCAACCUGGCCAAGGAGCAGGCCAAGUUGGCGGGCUGGGACUCGGCGGAGGCGGCACUCGACCUUUGGAAGGCUUGCGAGAUGGUGACGCCAGGGGCGCAGCUGCAUGAGGCCCGCGCGCUGGAGUUCCCAUUGCGCCUCACGCGGAUGCUGCUCUCCACCUACCGCCAGCCCCGCACGCUGGCGGCUUUCAACGCGAUGUCGCGUGCCGUGGUGGCCUGGCAGGAGAGCAUCGCGGGGCGCGGGCACGCCAUUUCGCUGCUGCUGGUGCUCACGCUGCGGGCGCUUCGGAGGGCCCAUGCCAUUGCCCCCACCGCGCAGCCGCGCAGGCUGGUGGACGACGCCACGCUCGCCUGGGCGGGGCCGAGCGCGGGGCACAGCAAGGACCUCACCAGUGCCCUCAGCAGCUCCACGGUCAGCGCCGCCGACCUUCAGCUGGUGAUGCAGCCGCAGGGCUUCAACCUGGGCCAUGAGCUGCGCGGGCGCAAGGUGAUCCGCACCCAGGAGAAGCGAAGGCUCGCCUCCUUGAUGGAUAGGAGGCGGCUGGCCAUGCUCAGGCGGGCGGCUGGCAGGCGCGCGGCGGUCCUGGUGGCCACGGGCCUCUCGCCCUAUGCGGACCAUGGUGAUGGCGUGGCGGGCCUAGCUGACCGCCCACUCGCCCAGCUGCUUACCCUGGCGGUGGCCACUGCGGGGGCCAAGGCUGGGUGCGGGACCGCGGCAGUCAUGCUCCUGCAGAAGCGCGUCGACUACGACCCGAUCCACACGGCCACGGCCCCCGUGGUCGUGCGCCUUGCUCGCCGCAUUUGGGAGGGCAUCGGCCCCUUCGCCGCCCUCACCGCCAGCUGGGGCAGUCUGGCGGCAGUGGCCAAGGCAGGCCGCCUCACCUGGGCAAGCGCCCAUGGGCCCUUGGCGGCACCGUGGCUCUCCCUCGAGCGCAUCGGCUGGAGCAUGCAGUCGGCGUGGGCGCUCAGGCCGGACAUCGGGUAG